CGAUAGAUAACAACAAACUCCGCCUACGCCGGCAAAAUUCUGCGACAUCGCCACGAAAAUUGAAAAAACCGUGUUAUAUUUAAGUGUAUAGCUAUUAAAUUAUUAGUUCAUCAUGAUCGAGACACUGUAUAACCUGCCCUUCCACAUCCUGGUGCCGCCGAACAUCAAGGUGCGCAGAUUCAGCAUUCCAAUGCCGUCGCCGAUGGCCGUUUUCAGUGUGAUUUUGUUUUCCUAUUUUCUGGUGACAGGCGGUAUCAUAUACGACGUGAUUGUGGAGCCACCCAGCCUGGGAGCCACUGUGGAUGAGCACGGACACUCGCGUCCAGUGGCCUUUAUGCCCUACCGUGUGAAUGGGCAGUACAUCAUGGAGGGUUUGGCCAGCAGCUUUCUGUUCACCGUUGGCGGCCUGGGAUUCAUCAUCAUGGACCAAACGCACACGCCGGGCAAGACUAACCUCAAUCGCCUGCUGCUGACCGCCAUGGGAUUCAUUUUCAUCCUGGUCUCCUUCUUCACCACCUGGCUGUUCAUGCGCAUGAAGCUGCCCAGCUACCUGCAGCCCUAGAAUCUCUACUGAAAAAUGUUUGUGCAACGCUCUCUUAGUAUUCUCCCACAUUCGAAUAUCUAUAAAUCGAACUGCAUUCGCCAGAAAUUCUAGUUUAAAGGGCUUAAAGCUGUGGAAUACCGAACAAAAACUUCGAUUUCGUUUUAAUAUUUUGUGUACUAGUUGUAAUAUUGUUUAAACAUCAGAAUAACUGGCUGGUUUGCACCAGAAUCAGUUAAGUAAACUAUAGAACGUCUCUAAUAAAUAAUGCAAUUGUAAAGCGAAUCAAAAUAACAA